AUGCGUAACACGUCGGUCCUUUGCUCGGUAAUGCUCGCAGUGUCUUUUUCCACUGCAUUGACCGUCAACCCAACUGAACGUUCCAAUGAGCUUGUCAGGCGCACGCAACUGAGCCACGGAACGUCUUUACCAUUUGGCAAAAUCGACAACCUUUCUUGGCAGUUUAGCGUCUUGUCUCGAGACGAUGGCGGACCGAUUAUUACAUUGGAUGCCGUUACCGAUGGACAAUUGGGACCCCGCAUUAUGAUAAAGAACGGGAUUGCGACGUCACGGGUUGCCCUUCUAUCCGCGUUGGACCGCUUUACCGACCGCACUACGGUCCAUUUCACCUUUGGUCCGAAAGAGAGCCUCAAGUAUGUCAUUAAGGACGCCGCGGACGAGAGUGUACAGCAAGUGAAACGGGCGGUGAAAGUAGCUCGUGUAAUCAAAUUUGGAACUUAUCGUCUUGCGGUUGAUGGAAUGACGAAAUCCUUAGCGUCUACUGGAGAUUUCGUAGACGAGAUUAAGUCGUCGAAGGAUCGGGCCGUCCGAGUAAACGAAUGA